GACAACGGCAGACGUCAGGUCUGCCAGUCAAGGCAGAGUCUGGGGAACACAUCAGAGCAGCUGUCAUCCCAACUGUCUUGCGGCGAGUUUAAGACUCCGGGCCCGCUCGGCGGGGGGUGCCUUGACUCGCUGCGUCGUAUCCGUCGUAUCCUCCAACUAACGUGCUUUCCGAAUCCGAGGCGAGGGACUGUCGGAUGAGGGGCUAGAGUCUCUGGAAGAGCAACACCAUGCCUUUACAUCUCACGAGAAAGCAUGUCUCAAGAGAAUUCCGAAGAUGACCUCGCUCCUGAGCCUGACGUGCCGGUGCGUGCCCCGAGGCGAUGCCGGAGAUCACAUCCGAGGCUGGAAUACGACUUACACCCAGGCAGGGCGACACGGAUUCGACGAUCGGGAGUGACGAGUUCUCUGCUACGACAAGCCUUCGAAGCUCCAUCGUAGACUACCGCGUCGAAAACGGCAGAACAUACCAUCGCUACAAAGAAGGCAAAUACUUCGGGCCAAACGACGAGCUGGAAACCGAUCGGCUAGACCUGCAACACCACCUAUUCCUCCUCACAUUCGACAACAGGCUGGGAUUCGCGCCUCCGAAUGAUCCCGAGUGGAAGGGAGGCCGCGUGCUCGACGUCGGGACAGGCACCGGCAUCUGGUGCAUCGACUUUGGGGACGAGCACCCCAACACGGACGUCCUCGGCUUCGAUCUGUCGGCCACGCAGCCAGAGUUCGUUCCGCCCAACGUUCAGUUCGAAGUCGACGACCUCGACAACGAGUGGAUCUACUCGAGGCACUUUGACUACAUUCACAUCCGCGGCAUGUCAGGAAGCGUGCGCAACUGGCCCGAACUCCUUAAAAAGUGCUACGACAACCUCAACCCCGGCGGCUACAUCGAGCUCCAAGAAGUAGAAGAGACAAUUACCCGCGCAGAUAGCUCGACAUCCACGAGCGACGCCUUUUCACGAUCCCUCGCCUACGUCUCCUCGGCCCUGAAAGUCUUUGGAUGCCCCUUCAUCCCCCUCGACGACCUCGCGACGCUCGUCUCCACCACAGGCUUCAGUGACGUCCAAGAUCGCCGCUUCAUCUGGCCCCUCAACAGCUGGCCGCGCGAUCCCCACCUCAAGGAGCUUGGGUCAUGGACGCGCGAGAACCUCGCCUCCAACACGGCCGGCAUGAUCAUGGCGCCCAUGACGCGGGUGCACGGGUGGAGCGAGGAGGAAGUGCACGUCUUUGCCGCCGAGGUGCGGAAGGACCUUGCUGAUCGUGGGAAUCACGCCUACUGGCCACUUCGCGCGAUUUGGGCCCGAAAGCCCGAGGCGUCCGAGUGACCCCGGCGAACCGGUGCAUCCGUUGCUUCGGACGUUGUCACACGAGUCAACGUCCACACCACCAACGUUGGCAAAGUUUCAACAUCAAUCUGUCACAUGCAAACACCACUUCUUUCAACUCAUGUUCUCAUUCAAAGCCAUCAUUACACGACUAC